AUGAGCCGCCCCGGCACGGCGAACAGCGACGGGCGGCCCAUCACGCCGUCGACGACGGAGGGCGGCAGCAGCCGGCCGGCGACGCCCAACUACGCGGGCAAGAAGAAGAAUUCGCAGCUGCACAACAUCGUCUACCGCGAGGACGCGCAGCCCCGGGAGAUCCCCGAGGACGAGCUCGCGGAGCUCGCGGAGGCUUUUAAGAUGUUCGACCAGGACGGAAACGGGACGAUGAACAAGGAGGAGCUGGGCACGGUCAUGCGGAGCCUGGGCCAGGAGAUCACGCACGAGAACCUGGACCUCAUCUUCGCGUCCGUGGACAACGACAAGUCGGGGUGCAUCUGCUUCGACGAAUUUUUAGUCCUGAUGUCGCGGUUCAUGCCGCCCGAGGGCAACACGGAGGACGAGCUCAUGGCCGCGUUCCAGUACUUCGACAAGGGCAAGACGGGCACCUUCGGCCUCGACGAGAUCGAGCAGGCGAUCCACCAGCUCGGCAUGGACAUCACGCCCGCGCAGAUGAAGAACAUGCUCUCCUGCGCGGACACGGACCACGACGGCCAGAUGACGUUCGGCGACUUCAAGCACAUGUGGAUCAAGGACGAGGAGGAGGAGCACGCCUUCAUGGGCGGCCACCGGGCCGAGUCCCCGACGAAGCAGCGCUUCAAGGAGCCCGAGGUCGAGACCAUACAUUGA